CCGGACUUUUGCGGAUGCACCCCCCGGCGGCGUUGCGAUCAUUCGAACAUCGUGACCGAGAUGACACUGCUCGCAAUCUAGGUGCAUGCUCUACCUGCUUCUAACCUGCUUCAGCAUUUAUGGCGACGCGACGCUCUUAUCAAAGCUGGUGUCCGAUCAAAAUGCGUGCAUCUGCAAGCCUCACGGUUAUGCUGCUCGGCCAUGUCCGUUAUCGCCAUCUGCAAGUCCGAGUUGUGCAUUUGCUGCUACCAAUGGCUAUAUUAUGCUAUAUCGCACCGUAUAGUUAUAUCAUAGCACAUUAUUAUUUGACACACUGAUGCAUAUGCCUUCAGCAACACGUCUCUCCUAUGCGCCUCUGUCUACGCACCUCAUUCGGGAUACGUCAGAGUCAUGGCGAUACUUUUCAGCACGCCGGCCUCGUCCAGCUUAAGUUCAGAUCACCCAUGAUGACUAGGUACGCG